AUGUUACGCUUUGUACUAUUCCUUGUUGUUACUUUUGCUAAAGACUCAUUAGUUUUUACUGAAUUAAAAAACGAAGAUGGUGAUGCUGUUGGAUUUAUAUCAAUAGAGUUUGAUAAAUGUUAUUAUUAUGGAGAAAGCUCAUCAUCUUAUUUUACUCAUGAUGGAGAUAAGAUUAUAAUCAAAUUAUAUGAUGGUUCAUCUUCAUGUUCUGGAAAUCAUGAGGAGCAAACAUUCUAUAUUCAUGAUGAGGCACUAAAAAGAUAUUGUCAAGUCUCACUAGAUUGUUCUGUUGAAAUAAAAAAGCCACCAAAACACAUUGGAUUCCAUAGCGUAGUAGACGAUAAUGAGAAUUGUACACAUCGUGAUAAUACAAUUAGAGCAUAUUAUACUGGUAAAUGUUAUAAGUGUAAUGAGGGUAAAAAUUAUUAUUGUAAUUUCAAAGAAGAAAAUGGAUAUAUGUGGGAAAAUGUUUAUCAAAACAAUAAAUGCACAAGUAAAGAAACAGUUGAACAGACGCCUCAAUGGGAAUGUAACGUUUGUAAAAAUGGUUUUAUGUUCCAAUGUGGUUCAACGUCAACAACAGUUAUUUCUGUCACUAUUCUUCUUUCUUUAAUCCUUUAA